CAACUGCAUAAUAACUUUUGCCCUCACAACCUUUUUCUCAAAAAAAAAAAAACCUAGAAGAAUAGGAAGAGACACAGGUGAAAGAACAUUUUGAGAUGGGAAGCUUGGGAGAAGAAGAUUUAGAGAAGCUUGUGCUCGAUUAUAUCGAGUCUCCGAUCACCGUCUCCCAGCAUAUUGAGAGUUCUACAACGGCUCUUAUCACUCUUAAGGAGAUUCUUAGGGCAAAAGGAGAAAAAGAGAAGGAGAUGGAAGAGAAGAUAUGGUCGUUUAUCAAUGGAGGAAGGUUAUCAUAUGAAGGAGACGAUGAGAAGAGAGAUGUGAUGAACAAGAUUGUCUCUAAACUCAGAUCUGAAGGCUAUGAUGCUUCUCUCUCCAAAACCUCAUGGGACUCUUCUUUUGAUCAUCGUGAAGGUAAACAACACACUUUCAAAGAAAGAUAAUAUAUAUGAAUAUCUAGAAAGAUCCAUAUAAAAACAACCUUUGACCUUUUCCUUGACUAUUAGAUAACAAUGGGAAAGUCUCUAUUUCUUUACUUUUUUGGGUUUUUUUAUGAUAAGUUAUUUAUUUGUGGGUUUUUGAUAAGUUAUUUAUUUGUGGGUUUUGUGAUGAUAAGAUAUUUAUUUGUGGGUUUUGUUUGUGAAAAUGUUGUUACAGGGUGUAGAGUGUUUAGGUGCUCGAGGAAGUAUGAGUACAUUGACGUCAUGGUGAAGGGUGAUAGCAACCGUGAUGGCGUAAGCAAGCUGAAACGUGUGAUAAUUGAUCUUGACUUCAAAACUCAGUUUGAGCUAGCGAGACAGACAGAAGCUUACAAAGAUAUGACUGAGAUGCUUCCAUUAGUGUUUGUGGCGACAGAAGGGAGACUGAGAAGAGUUGUUUCGUUGGUUUGUGGUGAGAUGAAAAAGUCCAUGAAGAAAGAAGGAAUGUCUAGGCCUCCAUGGAGGACUACGAGAUACAUGCAGUCCAAGUGGCUACCAGAGAAUCGUCGAAGAGUCUCCGGUUGUAAGAAAGGUUCUUGGUCUUGGUCUGUGUUUGAUGAUGGUAGUGAAGGAAGAGGUGAAGCUAGGACUUGGACAGUAAGUGGUAGUGGUCCGAAAACUAAGUGUUGUUUUCCUAUUUUCUGAGAGGGAUGCUGAGAGGGAUGCGCAGCGUUUUCUUUUUCUUUGCUUAUCAGUUUUUAAAACUUAAAACUUAAAAACAUCGGAGUUGUUUUUUUCGUAUGAUUAUUCCUUUUUGGGGGUGUUCUUGAAAUUUUUGAAUUGCUUAAAAAAAAUGUUGGGCUUGUUGUGUCAGGUUUUUUUCUGAUGCUAUCUAUAUUGCAUCUUCUACUUGUAUCAAUAGCCGAUGGAUUACUCUAUAAUAUGUAUUUUUGUCGUGAUGCAAAUUUCCAUUUAAGUGAGACGGUAAACUAAAGCUCUUUUGGUUUAAGAUUAUACUAUUUGAUUAUGGUGGAUAAUACAUUUG